AGUUGCAGUAUUUAAUUGCGGACGGAUAAUAGUUUGUGUAAGAACGAUAUAGAAACUUGUAGCGAAGUGUUUAUUAUUUUAUAAGUAGUCGCUAUAAGGAAUAUAUACUAAGUUGAGAGCUUGGAUAACGUUUUCAAGAAUUAUCGUAUAUAUUUUUCGUAAACGACAAUGAAAGGUCAAAAGGGAUCACUGGUUUUCGCUUGUCUGGUACUCGGGAUUGUGACAAGACAGAUAUCUGUCACAGCGUCCUCUGAGAGCUCGUCUUCAGACAGUAGCGAAGACAGCAGUGAGGAGGACGAAUCUGGUGGUCAUGGGGGCGGCGGAGGGAUCGACUGGAGCGCAUAUUUUACGCCUUCCGGUGACAUUAACUGGGCAAAGUUUGGAAUUGAUGAUUACAACUUUUUAGGGCCAAAUCAUGAUAUGGAUUCUGUUCUUUUGUGGGGUCUAGCGUCCUCGCUAGGUGGCGAUGGUGGCGGGCACGGUGGUGGCGGACACGCGGGUGCUUGGGGAGGAUUUGGUGGAGGAGACUUUGAGGCAGAGGACAUGGUUGGAGGCAUGGGUGGUUUUGGAUCUUGGGGCCAUGGUGGAGUUGGAAAUGGUGGAGCAGGUGGAUGGGGCUUCGGGGGUCACGGCGAGGGUGGUUACGGCGGAGGCACCGGAGGUGCUGGUGGAGGCCAUGGAGGUCUAGAUUGGAACGCAUUGUUGGCUUCGUAUGGGAAUAGCGCGGGUCAGGGCCAGAGCGGGAAUGGUGGCUGGGGGACCGGUGCAACAGGAGUAGGUGGAGGGGCCUCUGGUGGGGCCUUUGGUGGGGCUGCUUCCGGGACCGGGAUCGGCGCAGGAGGUCAAGGUACCGGCUGGACAACGGGAAUCACCGGAAGUUCAACCGGAAGCGGAAGUCAAGGAUCAGGCGGUGGUUAUUACGGAAAACUGGGAGGUGGAGCGGGCUCUAGCCAAGCCUCAAGUCAAACAACUGGAUCAUGGGAAACCGACUUUGCUAACUUUGUGGCGAAAUUCGGUUACGGAAAUAGCGGGGGAUCUGAAACCCAGGCCACUAUUGACAGUUUGGCGAGCUUUAUGAGUGGAAAGAGUGGUCAAUCCGGUGGAGGAUGGGUUGGCGGUGUGUAUCAAGGCGCUGGUAGUUCUUCCGGAAGUAGCGGCUCCUCUUCCGGCUCAGGAAACUGGGGCAAGGGAAGCUAUACUGGUUCGCUUGGAACCUGGGAUGCUUUCCUUAAGAAAUAUGGCAUGGGUCAGGGAGGAUCAGCUAGUGGUGGUGGUGGGGCCGGAGGUAAGACCGGAGGCGUGACUCAAGCAGAGUGGGACGAAUUUAUGAGAAAAUAUGGCUCUGCUGCAGGUGGUGGUGCAACUUGGGGCAUUGGUGGCAGUGGACAAGGAUCUGGUUCCGGUUCAAGCGUGACUGGAGGUGGUCAGGGAGGCAGCGGCGGACUUGGAGGUGGUCACGGUAUUGGAGGAGAAGGUGGAUCCGGUGGGAUCAAAGGAGGUCUUGGUGGAGCAGGAGGUAGUGGAUGGCAAAUUGGUGGUGGCGGCAUUGGUGGGGGUGUUGGUGGAGGUGUUGGUGGUGGUAUCGGUGGCGGACUCGGUGGCGGUGUUGGUGGCGGUGUGGGUGGUGGAAGUUUGGGCGGUAAAGGCAGCGCCAACCUUGGCGGUUCGUUGGGCGGUCGAGGAUACCAAAAUUGGUUUGAUAGCGUCAUGCUCAUACCUGAAUUCUGGGAGACUGAGCUGGGACAGUUCAUGGCCAAAUACUGGUGGUUGUUCGCAGGAAAGGGUCAACAACAACAGCAAAAACAACAGCAGCAACAGACUGGAAUCAGCAAGGCACAACUUGAAGCCAUUAUGCAUCGCAUUGCCGCCUUGUUGCGGGCUGCAAGAUUUAAAGCCGAUUGGGAGAGGCGGCAACAGACCAAUAAAACCGUACAAAAAGGAUUCUACACAAGGCCGACAGGCGGUACCGUGAAACAGACGGUCCAGGGAACUAUUGGGCGGAACGAGGCAGGACACUCCCGGAAAGUCGUUUUCGGGGCGUCCAGAGGUUCCUCUAGCGGUGGUGGCUCGUCCGGAGGCUCUGGUACCGUAGAGGUUGUGCCGCAAACUGUGCCGAACAUGAGGUUACGGUCAAGCAGAACAAACUAACAACAUAUGCAAGGUCAAGCAGUACAAACUUUAGUCUCAGUUUGGUCAACUAGCAAGAUCAUUUUUGAGAUAAGAAGAUUCUAUUUUUUCCGGAGGUCAAACAGCAAACUGGACAAUUUAGUGUGGUAAAUUACAUCGAUGUAACGUUUCGGAGAAUCAGUGCUGAAAACAUCUCAUUUUUACCGCAGCCAUGAAGACAAUGUGGCCAAAUGAACAAACUUUUUUUUUAUUUUUUGCAAAGCAGAACAAAAGAUUUCAUCAGUAUGGACAAUAGUACAAUCUUUAAAACAGAUGGGCAAAGAAGAACAAUCCUAGAGCCAUCAAGCAGAAUGUUCGUGUGUCGUGAACUCUUAACAAUUUCUGCAACCAUACAGAACAAGGUCACCUUAUCAAUGAGUGGACGGCAAAAUGUCGAAAGAUCAUGGAUUUCAGAUAAAUGUAUUUCUAAUUAAAUAUAUAAUGACUGUCACAUAUCAAUUUUCAUAUCAAACUCUAAUAAAGUUUGCCUAUAUUGACCAAUCAGGCUGGUAGUUUCAGAAUGAAUAUGAUAAAAAAAAACUCAGAAAUGAUAAUUUGAAAAAAAUGAUCGUACAACUCGAGCGUUACAUAAGUUGGCCUAUUUUCUUUAUUUUCUUUAUUAAAAAGGUAACUUCGUUGCCUUUACAUAAGUCACUUUAGAUGUAUUUGUUAAUAUAUUACUCACUUUAAAUGUAUACAUAUGGUUGUUGUUUUUUUUCUAUUUAAAAUAAUGAUAUCCAUCAUUUGUACAGCUACUUAACUAAGACCAUACCGACUUAAUGCUAUGUUUAGCGUUAGUGUGAGAAUUCAAAAACUACUCACCUAUAUGUAUUUAUAUCAUUCCCAUGAUAGUAAAAAUGUUCCAGCUAAAAUCAAAAGUAAACUUCAUAUAAGUGGACAUGUAGAAACGUCAAUGCUGUCUAAAUAUGUAUUAUAUCUUAAAUCAAAUCAGUGUUAUUAUUAUUUCUAAUAAGCCCUAUCCGGUUAUUGAUAUUUUUAUCCUACCCGAAUGACGACGCUAAACAUAGAAUAUAUUAAGUUAUAAGUAUGGUCUUAAAAUAUUGUGUGAUUUUCCACGCUUGUGCUAAAAUAUUUGAAUUUUGUCUUUCUGUGUAGAGAAAUAAAGCUUUUCUUGUUUUUUA